AUGGGAGAACGAGGUCCAGAUCAGUGGUUUGAACAGAUUAAAAGCUGUGUCGCCUUAUCCGAAUCGGAUAUGAAGCAACUAUGCGAAUUAGUCAAAGAAUUACUAAUGGAGGAGUCCAACAUCCAACCGGUUCAAUCACCAGUCACGGUAUGUGGUGACAUUCAUGGACAAUUUCAUGAUUUACUUGAAUUAUUCAGAAUAUCAGGUGGAUUGCCUAGUGAUGAUAAUCAAACCAACUACAUCUUCCUUGGAGAUUACGUCGAUCGUGGGUAUUUCUCAUUGGAAACAUUUACAUUAUUGAUGGUUUUAAAAGUCAAGUAUCCUCAUCGUAUCACCAUGGUUAGAGGAAAUCACGAAACUAGACAAAUUACCCAAGUUUAUGGGUUCUACGAAGAAUGUUUAACGAAAUAUGGAUCAACUACAGUAUGGAAAUAUUGUUGUCAAGUGUUUGAUUUCCUCACCUUGGCAGCAAUAAUUGACGGCAAAAUACUUUGUGUUCACGGUGGCUUAUCACCUGAAAUCAGAAUGUUGGACCAAAUCAGAGUUCUAUCCCGUGCCCAAGAAGUGCCUCAUGAAGGUGGGUUCUGUGACUUGGUAUGGUCAGACCCCGAUAAUGUCGAUACAUGGGCAGUGUCCCCUCGUGGUGCCGGCUGGUUAUUUGGAUCCAAAGUGUCACGCGAAUUCAAUCAUAUAAAUAAUUUACAAUUGAUUGCUAGAGCUCACCAGUUGGUGAUGGAGGGGUUUAGAUAUCAUUUUAAGGAGAAAGACGUGGUUACUGUUUGGUCAGCACCUAAUUAUUGUUAUAGAUGUGGUAAUGUUGCUAGUGUUAUGCAAAUUGAUGAAGAUCUAGAACCAAAUUUCAAGAUAUUUAGUGCUGUUCAAGAUGGUGAUUUGACGAUGAAGAAUAAUAACACUAAACAGCAAAGAAGUGAUUAUUUCUUAUAA